CAUGUGAGCUUGGCAACCACGCAGUACGUUCUUCCUUCACAACCGCUAGUUGUCGCUCCAGUCUGUUGACUCGGUCCACUUUAGCUGAUAGUUUAAAACCCCCAACAGGCACGAGGUUCUUCUUUUGUUUACCUUCAUUUUAACUAAGGUUGGUUAUCACCCCACAUCAGUGCGAGAUGAAGCCGAGGAAGAGCCACGUCCUGCUGCUGUGGAUGCUGAUCUGCUCCGGUAUGACGGAGGCUAUCGAGCCCAUCAGCACCAGUAUAGCUGUGGGCAUGGCUGCAGCUCUGACCGGGUUCCUCGCCAGCUACCAGAACAUCUUCUACUACUUCAGAGAGUGCUGUCGACCCGAGUGGAUCUCCUUUAACAGAACAGGUCUCAAGGCCGACCUAGAGAGAAAACUCAUCGGACAGCACAUUGCGUCACGCAUCAUCCUGAGAGCCGUGAACGGAUUCAUGAGCAACAGCAACCCCAAGAAGCCCCUGGUGCUCUCUCUGCACGGCUGGACCGGCACAGGGAAGAACUUUGUCAGUCAGCUGAUUGCUGACAGCAUCUACAAAGAGGGGAUGGACAGCAACUUUGUUCAUGUUUUCACAUCGGAGCUUCACUUUCCACACGCAAGUCAGCUGGAAACCUACAAGUCUCAGCUGCAGCAGUGGAUCAAAGGAAAUGUUACCAACUGUGCACACUCCAUGUUCAUCUUUGAUGAGAUGGACCAGAUGCACCCGGGCUUGAUUGACGGGAUAAAGCCAUACUUGGACUACUACGACAAGUUGGAUGGAGUGUCUUACCGGAAAGCUAUCUUCAUCUUCCUCAGCAACGCUGGAGGGGACAGCAUCGUCCAAAAGGCUUUGGACUUCUGGAGAGGAGGACGAGAUCGAGAAGAGAUCCAGCUCAGAGACCUGGAAACGGAGCUUUCUCUCUCAGUGUUCAACAACAAGAAGAGUGGCCUGUGGCACACAAGCUUGAUCGACAAGAACCUGGUGGACUUCUUCGUCCCGUUCCUGCCUCUGGAGUACCGUCACGUCGUGCAGUGCGCCAUGGCCGAGAUGAUAGCAGCAGAGCGGCAGCCGGAUCAGAACCUGGCCGAACAGCUGGCCAAAGAUUUAGUCUACUUCCCUAAAGCAGAUAGAGUGUUCUCCGUCAAAGGCUGCAAGACGAUAGGGAGCAAGUUGGACUACUACACAUAAUGCCAGCGCCUCACGGACGCCACAGUCGAGCACUAUGUGCACUUUUUAAAAAAUGAACAUCCUCGGCUUAAUGACUUAAGAGGAAGUCCAGCUGACUGGACUCUGUAGAGCUCUCUGCAGAGGUUUAAUCGGUGUGACCUUGAGGACCUUGAGGUCAGGUGGAGGUUUGCAUCUCACUUACACUGAAUGAUGAGGAUGAAGAAAGAGCGCCGUGCCAGUGGAAUGAAAAAAUAAUAAGACUGGAAACGCUAUCCUGUCCGACUGAUUACGAGGCUUUUGUGUUCCCGCACAAAGAGUCUGAGACGGUUUUUGUACUCCUGAGGUGUCCUUCCACAGUGAGACUCUGAAUUUCACUGUCCAUGUGCUUUUGUUUUCUAAUGUGGAAACACCCUGCCUUAAUUUUUAUCCCGAUUUCCUUUUUGUUUUUAUUAUAUCCAAGGUCUUUACACUUGUCCUUUGUAUGAACAAAGUCAAAGUUACAAAAUGCAGAACGCCAUAUUUAAGUGUAGAAUUUAAACUAUUGCCAAUUACACAGCAGAAAACAACCACAAGGGCAGUACUAAAAAAUUAAUGGCAUGCUAAUACCAAAAACAUUACGACUAAGAGAUCCUCUAAGAAUAUGUUUGGAGGUAAAAAAAAAAACAACUCUUCAUCCUCCUUAUUAUUGAUUGAUGUCAGAGGAAUGUGAAAUUAACUGUUUUUAAACAAGUGUUAUUGAUGGUUAGCAUCAUCGCUCCCACAGCCUUACUCUGUUCAUAUGUAAUGGAAGAACAUCAUCUUAAGCCUUUUAUGUUUUCUUACUUGGUUAACGUCACAUUAAAGCUCCUCUGAGGAACGUUGAAGUCAUGUGGAGUUUGGCGCCCCCUCUGGACAAAACGGGAAGAUGAAUCUCUUUGCCGUCUUGUACACAUGUAGGUAAUGUUUCUUUUUAAUGUCCUUUAUUUAAUUUAUAGUGAGAGGCGUGGAAAUAAUCUCACAUUGUCGGACACCUACCCCGUGGUCGAGGCUUCAAUUGUUUAAAAUAAGUAUUUAGGAACAAUCAAUCUACUCUCUUAUGGACUUGUUUGCUUUCGUAGGUCAUAUAGAGACAUUGACUUUAGUCUGUUUCAUUACCAGCUGAAAAGUCCUCAUGGGAGCUUUAAAAAAAAAAGAUUAUUUAUGAUUUACAUACACACUAUUAUUUUCCAUGAGUAUGAGUGUACUCAAAGAGAAAUGUCUGCUUAAUAAUUUUGCCUUAUGGUUUUUUACACCUCAUAGAAACUUGGCUGUAGCUGCGUUUGGACACUGUGUACAUACUCAGGAUUAAAUCCUCUUAACACUCAAAUGAAAUUUUUACCAAUUUUUUAAAUUGAAAAUGAUAGAUGUGUUAGGUAACAGAGUGGCUGACCACACACUCUGUUUAAUUUGAAACAUGGCGUCUUUAAAAUACAGUAACCUGAAAAACAAGAUGUGUGUAUGGAAAUGCUGAGUCAUAUAAAUCUUACCCAACAUUCACUUGAAAGGACUUGUUCGUCUGUAUCUGCUCAUUGAUGUCAGGUUUUGUAAUUGUCACAAAAAUGUUAUGAACCUUCAACACUAAGUCGGCGUGUUUGUGAAAGAUCUAAAGAGAGAGUGUGAAGGGAGACUGUUUGUGUGGAUGGAAAAGAAACAUGUUGGUGAACAUCUUCAGCUGUAAACACAGAAAAGAAAAGAAAUCACAAAAUAAAAUUUUACAUUUUUCCUG